GCUCCGACCGGCCCCGGAGCCGCAGCCGCCGCCGCCCGCCCGCCCCGCGCCGGAGCCGCCCGCCCGCCCCCCGCGCCCCGCUCCCCGCGCCCCGCGCUGCAGCCAACGCCCGCCCAGGCCGCGCGCAAACUUCCCGGGCCGGCGGGCAGGGGCGGCGGCGGCGGGGCCCGGAUGGGAGCCCGGGCCGGCGGCGGCGGCGCCCAUGGACACUAACCGCCCGGGCGCGUUUGUGCUGAGCAGUGCCCCGCUGGCCGCGCUGCACAACAUGGCCGAGAUGAAGACGUCGCUGUUCCCCUACGCGCUGCAGGGUCCGGCGGGCUUCAAGGCGCCCGCGCUGGGGGGCCUGGGCGCGCAGCUCCCGCUCGGGACCCCGCACGGCAUCAGCGACAUCUUGGGCCGGCCCGUGGGCGCGGCGGGCGGGGGCCUCCUGGGGGGGCUGCCCCGGCUCAACGGGCUCGCGUCGUCCGCUGGCGUCUACUUUGGGCCCGCGGCUGCCGUGGCGCGCGGCUACCCCAAGCCCCUGGCCGAGCUGCCCGGGCGCCCGCCCAUCUUCUGGCCCGGCGUGGUGCAGGGCGCGCCCUGGAGGGACCCGCGUCUGGCUGGCCCGGCCCCGGCCGGCGGCGUCCUGGACAAGGACGGGAAGAAGAAGCACUCGCGCCCGACCUUCUCGGGCCAGCAGAUCUUCGCGCUGGAAAAAACCUUCGAGCAGACCAAGUACCUGGCGGGCCCGGAGCGCGCGCGUCUUGCCUACUCACUGGGCAUGACCGAGAGCCAGGUGAAGGUCUGGUUCCAGAACCGCCGGACCAAGUGGCGCAAGCGGCACGCGGCGGAGAUGGCGUCGGCCAAGAAGAAGCAGGACUCAGACGCCGAGAAGCUGAAGGUGGGCGGCUCGGACGCGGAGGACGACGACGAAUACAACCGGCCCCUGGACCCCAACUCGGACGACGAGAAGAUCACGCGGCUGCUCAAGAAGCACAAACCCUCGAACUUGGCGCUGGUCAGCCCGUGCGGCGGCGGCGCGGGGGACGCCUUGUGAGGACGCGCGGGGUGGGGGCGAGUCUAUUUUUGCAAAAUCCGGGGGCGGUCCCGGGUGGGCGCGAGUCGCUUUGUAUCAUCAAUAAAUUAUUUAACGGGU